AUGCCUCGUGUCUGGUUCAUCACUGGUUGUUCCUCCGGCUUCGGACGCCAAUUGGCAAUUACCGCUGCUAAAAACAAAGACACUGUCAUUGCCACCUCGCGCAACCCCUCCAAGCUAUCCGAUCUGGCCUCGAUCGGUGUUAUCGCGAAGAAGCUGGAUGUAUCAGCGAGCGAUGCCGAAGUUAAAGCGGUUAUCGAUGAUGUCGAGUCUACUGUUGGGCCAAUUGACAUCCUGGUAAACAAUGCGGGGUAUAUUCUGGAAGGAGGUGUGGAAGAGUGCAGCCACCAAGAAAUUAUCGAUCAAUUCGACGUUAACGUCUUCUCACAAAUCCGCGUCCUCAGAGCGGCUCUCCCCUCUAUGCGUGCCCGCAAAUCCGGCGUCGUGGUUAACUUUGGAUCAAUCGGCGGUUGGCUGGGCUCCCCGGCGGCGGGAAUGUAUUGCGCUAGCAAGGCUGCUAUCGCGAUCUACACCGAAGCCCUCCGUGAAGAACUGGCACCUUUCAAUAUCGAAGUUACUUGUGUUGAGCCUGGUUAUUUCCGUACCAACUUCCUCACCGGUGGACACAAGAUUACUGCCAAGCAUCGCAUUCCCGAGUUAGACAUUGGGACCAAGACUACCCAGGAUGCCCUCGUUGCGUACAGUCUUAACCAACCAGGUGAUCCAAUCAAGGGCGCUCAAGUUCUCUUCGAGGCUUUCACUAAGACUGGUCGCUGCGAGGGACGUAGUCUCCCUGGGAGAUUGGCCCUAGGACGGGAUUCAUUGGCCGCAAUUGGGGGGAGUAUCGCUCAGUACAUGUAUACAUAUCAAUAUACUACACACAAUGUACUGGCAUCUACAACGGCUGCGAAUCUAUUUUCUGUUGUUUAUUUGUGA